UUUCAUUGUGAAUUUAAAACUUUCUGUCUGCCUGUAUUGUUUUGAAACGGUCAACUGAAUUUUUCACCGAAAUUGCAAAUAUUGCAAUAAUACGAGGUGGUGCUAACAAAAUCCAAAGAAUAUUACUGCUCCUCUGGUUAACUCGUUGGCCACAUCACAUUACACUACUUACCUACUUGGGUUAAAAAUGGAUAACUUAGUUAAAAGUUUAUCAGAUGAGUUUCCAAAACUUGGUUUUGAAAAACAAGUUGCUCCAAGUUAUAUUCAGAUGUACAAUAAACAGUGCGAAGAUGUGAUACUGGUGUAUAUUAAGAAUAAACAGUCCAGCUACAGUGAUUUCAAUAAAAGGACAUCUGCUGAUGAUAAAGAGGAAUUUGAACUUACUGGGUCUCCGUUAAAACUGGACUUGAGUCUGCACACUAUUCUAGAUGAGACAAUGCCGAGUGAUGAGCCACAGCUGUACAGCAAAGAGGAAUCACUACACGCCCCUAUAUCUAUAGAUCAGGCCAGAGAAAUAGCAAACCGUUACAACCAUGCCCUUUGUAAUCAAGAUGCUGAAGACAAAACACUACCAAUGUGGAUCCUAUGCACUCCUACUGAGCAGCAAAAGACAUUGCUUCUCAUGGCACAUUCAGAUAAGGAUCAUUUUGUGCGGGGUAUUGUAAAGUUUGAAAGCACAUUUUUGCUCGAUGACAUCAACAUAGAUGAGUUAGUAGAAGAGUAUGCUGCACAGGAGAAGUUAUCAAAUGAUUUGAUAACAGUAGACAUAGACUGCAAAUACACCCUCUCCGGGGCAUCCUACAGCACUGUCUGCCGCACCACCGAGGAGCUGGUGAACGCUCCCUGCGGAGACCUCACCGAGCUGCACUGUGAGUGGAGUGGACGGAGCAUCUACACUCCGGUCAUGACCUGUAAGGUUAACUUUGAUCAAGAGGUGAUAGUCGGUCACCUGGGCAGCCCGUGCAACAGUCUGUGGCGUUCGCUGACAGCUCUACAGACCAUCAACCAGCUGUUGGUCGACAUCACUGUGGCCGGCGCCGGCGCUGUGGAUCUGGAGACUGCUCACAUCAGACGCGAGAUCCCCGGCUCCAAACGCCAGAACAACACAAAACGUCUCAACGAUCUCCUCAACGAGGUGGAAACCUACGCGUACACCGCGCAGUGGCCGGCGGGCGGCUGCGUGUGCGUCAGUGACGACACGAGCAGUCUGCGGCAGUGUCUGCUAGAGCUGGACCAGGGACGGUCCAGUAAUGAUUUUACUUAUACACUGUGGGACAUUCUGAAAGAUUGCAACACAGCUGAGGAACUCAUAUCGCUAUUGAUCCAGGCCCUCAAAUUUAUAUCUUCUGGAAAGAUUAGACCUUUUAUAGACGCAAACAACAAAUCGUAUCUCUCAAAGCUAGUCCUAAAACUAUCCAGAGGGCACUCUCAGUCGUCUAAAGUGCUGAAGAACCUCCGUUCAAACCCCGCCCAAGCCUUGUCUUUAGUAGCGCAAGUUGGUGUCGAGAAAACGAUGUGGGAAUACACUCACAUAAUGUCGCUGGUCGAACAUUCGUUUUACAUCGCUAAUAUCUGGGCGCAGGAUGUCAGAUCCCACGAAUCCAUCGAGCAGAUCAACCAAACGAUCCAAGACAUGACGAUGAGCGGUGGGGACUUCUCGCUCAAUCCUUUCGAGAGUUUAUCUCAGACGGCGGAACACUCGAUACGACUCGACUGCGAGUCGUUCUACGAUGAUGAUCCGAAUGAGUUGUCUGUUGAUGAGUUUGCGUCGCUGAAGAAACACGGAUUGGUUGGGGAUAAGAAGGUACCGAACGAAGUGCCCCUCAUAGCGGACGAGAUCGACAUCUCCCCGUGGAAGCACCUGCUCAUGAAGUUCGCGCAAGUACACGUGUGUCUCGAGCACUUGUACAGGGCUGAGAUCUGCUUGAGAGCUGACUUUGCAAACCUGAAGCCGCUAGCGUCACGGCUUCUAGAGAUUUAUGUGUCAGAGAAAUCUCCAGUAAAGACAAUCGGCCAACUGAUGAACGACCCAGUACAAAAGAUAACUCUACCACUCACUAACAAUAUUGUGAAGGACCAUCUCAAAAAGCCAGUUUCCUGGUAUCGUGUCAAACUUAAUAAGAAACAAGAAGCAGCUAAAGAGGGUCUUAAAAGAGAUUUGAAGGUGGUUUACGCAUUCACCCAACAGCCGGUGUUCCCGCCGUCAGUUUGGCAGCAUAUAGAACCACAGAGCGACGAAAUAGCGGAAACAACAGCAGUCGGCGAGGAACUCAAGUACCACUGCACGAAGUACACCUUCAUUAGUAAUAAACUACCGAACAAACUGCCUAUGUGAUAGUAAAUUAAGAUAUUAUGAUGUUGAUAAGUGAAUGUAUUUUUUUCAGUUUUGGAAGUUAAAUAUCAUUUUAUAGGUAUGUAUAGAUAUACCCAUGUAAGUUUGGGAAUUAAUCUAUUAGUAGCUUUCUUUAAUUAUUUAAUGAUACACAUACUUAAUCAUAUAAUAAUGUAUUAUUAUAACUAUUGUAGGUACUUUUAUAUGUAUAACUUUAAAUAUUGUAUUAUAUCAGGUAUAGCCAUAG